CAAACUGUUUUUAAUGAGACUUUAGAGAAUAAUGAAAUUUUUUGUACCUUCGGAUAGUUGCUUUAAUAAGUUUUAUAUCAAACUAUAAGUUAGACUCAACUGGUAAAACAAAAAACGAAACUUCACGGACGGCAAUGCCGUUCACCAGUCUGUCACUAAGCUAAUUGCUUCGUGUUUACUUGCACUUGUCCUUGAUUUACUUUGAAAUUAUUUUUAUAUUUUUGUUGAUAUGUUUAAAUAUUAAUACUUAUUUGCAUUCAUUCCUGAUAUAUAUUGCACUGGAAUCUGUUUUUAGUAUCCAGACAUUUGAAUAAAAGAUUUGGCAAAAUGAUGGAACUAUCACAUAGUCUAAUUUUGAAUGAAGAAGCUCUUCAACAAAUACCUGAACCAAAACGACCUGUGUUUAUUUUUGAAUGGUUAAGGUUCUUAGAUAAAGUUUUAGUUGCUGCUCAAAAGUCUGACAUAAAAGGAUGCCAGAAAAAAUUAGUGGAACAACUUAUUAAACAAAUACAUGAAUCUCCUGGCCCACCUACUCGCAAGUUAAUUGGACGAUGCCUUGCUACUCUUUUUAAUGUUGGAGAUGCAUCUUUGCUGUUUGAUACAAUUAACAAGUGCAAUGAUACAGUGAGAAAUAAAGAUGAUUCACCUAGUUUUCUUCAAGUGAAAUUAGCAGCAAUAUCAUGUCUUGGUACUAUGUAUCAGCAUCUUGGACGCAUGACUGGCAGAUCGUAUGAAGAAACAGUUCAUAUUCUUCUUAAAUCUCUGAAAAAUGCUGAGUCACAAACACGCUGUGAAGUAAUGAUAGCUAUGGAAAAGAUUGUAUCUGGUCUUGGUAAUGCAGCAACAUCUGUACAUAAAGACAUCUUUAAAGCUUUGCGCCACUGCUUAACAGACAGGGUUAUGAUUGUACGCUGUGCUGCUGCUAAAUGUCUUCAAGAAAUGUUAAAAUAUUCACCAUUUUUAUAUACAUCUGAUUUGGAAACAGUUACAUCAUUGUGCUUCAGAUCUUUUGAAGGGUCUAAUUAUGAAGUACGCUGUGCUGUUUCAGAGCUACUAGGUAUAGUUAUGGCUACUACUCAGCAAGCAUCACAUCCUACAGUUGGCAAGAAUCGUUUACCAACUCUAGAAGAAGUUUUAAAUUUGAUGGCAUCUGGUUUUUUGCGAGGAGGGAUAGGCUUUCUGAAAGGUAGUGCAGGUGAAAUGAUUAAAGGUGGUUCUUCUGUUAGCAGAGAAAUUCGAGUUGGUGUCACUCAUGCUUAUGUGGUGUUUAUCCAAAAACUUGGUGGCUCUUGGUUGGAAAGUAAUUUAAAUGCAAUAUUGACACAUUUAUUAGAACUUGUGGCAAAUCCAAAAGCUGUGCCUACUCAUGUUGAUGCUGUAUACAGUCGAAAAUGUGUAAAUUUUAUCCUACAGUCUGUUCUUGGCAGAUUGUUAGGAGAAAAGGCUCAAGCAUCAGCCUGUAAAGAAUUAGUACGCAUUAUUAUAAAGCACGUAAAUGAAGAUAGUUCUGCUGAGACAUCAAGCAAAGAUAAUUCUCAAGACACAGCACUGAGUCAACACGUUCUUGUUUGUUCAUUACAGCAAUUGGGCUCAUUAAUUUCUGUUCUUGACACCACUGCUUCAACUAUUGUAUGUGAUCCUUCAGUUGGAAUAAUUGAAUCUGUUGUUUCUGUCCUUGUUCAUUCCAGUUCUGCUGCUCGAUUAGCAGCAGCUUGGUGCUUACGUCUAAUAACUACAUCUGUUCCAUCCCAACUGACUCCUUUACUAGAACGUUGUUCAGACCGAUUAGAUGCAUUAAAAUCUUCACCUGAAGCUAUUGCUGGUUACUCUGCAGCACUUUCUGCUCUUCUUGGUGCUUCUAGAAGUACUCCAUUAGGAAUACCCCAAAAUCGUGGAAAGAUGAUAUUCAAUGUUGCUGAAGAUUUAUUGAGGAGUGCUUCUCAAAACAGUCGAUUGUCUCUUCAAAGAACCCAAGCUGGAUGGUUAAUGAUUGGAUCUGUAAUGACAUUAGGUUCCUCUGUUGUCAAAGGUUUACUUCCAAGAAUGAUGUUGUUGUGGAAAAAUUCAUUUCCUAGGUCAAAUAAAGAAUUAGAUCAAGAAAGACAUAGAGGUGAUGCUUUCACUUGGCAAGUGACUUUGGAAGGCAGAGCUGGAGCCUUAGCUGCAAUGGCAAGUUUCUUAAUGCAUUGCAAAGAUCUUGUAACAGAUGAUGUAGUGCGUCGAUUAUUAUCGCCAAUUGAAUCUGCUUUAGCCAUGCUUGUCAAUGUGGGACAUGUAUUUAAAUCAUAUGGCCAACAUUUGAAGGCAUGCGCUGCCAUGGUACGGAUGAGAAUGUAUGAAGUUCUUUCUCUUCUACCUCCACGUUCUUAUGAAGGAACAUACAACAGUCUCCUAAGACUCCUAGUAGCAGAAUUUACUUUGACUGAAAAUCCAGCCAAUACAACUACAUCUUUGCUUCGCAGUCUAUGUCAUGCCAAUGAUAGCAUUAUACUUGGGUUUUGGUUACAAGAUACUGAUCAUAAAGCUAUUGAGGAUCAAAUGGAACCUAAUCGAAAGCUGGAUAGGGAUAACUUACAACCGAAUAGUGCAUCUGGUUCUGGAUCUCUUGAACAUGAUCACACUGCAUUAUAUAAAAUUUUGAAAAAGGGAGAGUUUGUUCCUGAUCCUUUGCCUCUGGGAGUUGCUGUUAUAGAUAUGUCUGUAGUUCUGUUUGGCUUAGUCUUUCCUGUUGUUGCUUAUAAACAUAGACUGCAGAUGCUGGAUCAUUUUUCUGAAUGCAUACGUCAAGCUAAGGCUACUCGACAAGAAGCAGUCCAAAUAAAUAUUUUUACUGCUUUAUUAAAUGCACUCAAGGCUCUUAUUGAAACUAAAUCAAGUUUGGGCUCUGAAGAUGUCCGAAAAGCUGCUAUUCGUUUGAUGCUGGUUUCAUUGAAUCACACAAAUCCAAUUCUUAGAUGUGCUGCUGGAGAAGCUUUAGGAAGAAUGGCGCAGGUGGUUGGAGACGGACGGUUUGUUGCUGAAAUGGCACAGCAUAUGUUUGAUAAGCUUAAAACUGCCCGGGAUGCUGCAUCUCGAACAGGACAUUCUUUGGCUUUGGGUUGCUUGCAUCGUUAUGUUGGUGGAAUGGGAACUGGUCAGCAUUUGAACACAAGUGUUAGCAUACUUUUAGCAUUAGCUCAAGAUAUUAAUGCACCAAUUGUUCAGCUGUGGGCUUUGCAUGCUUUGUCAAUGAUUGCUGAUUCUGGUGGACCCAUGUUUAGAUCAUAUGUUGAGCCAACUCUGUCCAUUGUUUUAAAACUACUCUUACACAUGGCUCCAACUCAUAUUGAUGUUCAUCAAUGCAUUGGGAAAUGUUUAACUGCUCUGAUCACUACAGUUGGACCAGAAUUACAAGGUAACUCCUUAUCAGUGUGCACUACAAGAUCAUCCUUUUUAGUUGCUUGUGCUAUUAUGCAAGAUCAUAGUGAUCCUCUUGUGCAGGCAGAAGCCAUAUCUUGUUUGCAACAGCUUCAUAUGUUUGCACCUCGUCAUGUUAAUUUAACAAAUCUUGUGCCAACUCUUUGUUCUGCCUUGCACAGCUCACAUCUUCUUUUAAGACGAGCAGCAGUGGCUUGUUUAAGACAACUUGCACAGAGAGAGGCUUCUGAAAUUAGUGCACAUGCCAUAUCCUGGGCCAAAGAAAAUAGUUCCUUGCCAAAUGGGGCAAAAGAUACUCUAUGUGUGAAUGGUCUUGAAGGAGCAAUAUUUUCUAUGUUGGAUACUGAGACUGAUAUCCGUUUAGUUUCUGAUGCUCAUGACACUCUGACAAGUAUGCUACAAACUCUGGCUGAAGAAAAUGUUGGACACUGGUUACAACUAUGCAAAAGUGUUUUGACUGCUACAGAAUUGAUUUCAAAGCCUGAAAAGGAUGAUACUAGUGAAGUUGACAAUGAUGUGGAUGCUGAUGAUGAAGCUAGAUUUAAGGCCAGUGAUGACAGUUCCCAUACGAAUGUUUCCCCUAGAUGGUCAACUCGGGUAUUUGCUGCUGAAUCACUUCAACGAAUAAUACAUGCUUGUGAAGGGAAAGCUGUUCAUUUUGAUUUAGGCUUAGCUAGAGAAAGUAAACUUGCUACCAGAGGAGAUUUCCUUGUUCUACAUUUAUCUGAUUUAAUAAGAAUGGCAUUUAUGGCUGCAACUUCUGAUAGUGAUCCGCUUCGAAUAGAAGGACUUAAAGCUUUAGAAAUAAUCAUCAGCAAGUUUUCAAAAGUUCCAGAACCAGAAUUCCCUGAUCAUGUAAUUUUAGAACAAUAUCAAGCACAAGUUGGUGCUGCACUGAGACCUGCAUUUUCUCCAGAAACUCCUUCUCAUAUUACUGCAUUUGCAUGCCAGGUAUGUAGUGCAUGGAUCGGGUGUGGUGUUGCUAGAGACUUAAAUGAUUUGCGACGUGUGCAUCAGCUGCUGGUUUCUUCUCUUGAAAAACUUCACAAAGGAUCUAAUUCUUUAGUAUAUAAUGAAAGCGCUUCCACUAUGGAAAAGCUUGCUAUUCUGAAAGCAUGGGCUGAAGUAUAUGUAGUGGCAAUGAAUAACAAAGAAAAUGAAGCUCAAAAAAGUGAUGCAAAUAAAGAUGAUCAGGAAAGUCUGUUAAAACUAGUUGCUCCAGAACUUUCUCUUUUAAGCACUUAUUGGUUGGCCUUUCUGAAAGAUUAUGCUCUGUUAUCUUUACCACCUGAAUUUCGCUCACAGCUACCUCAUGAAGGUGGAGCAUUCUAUAGCUCAGAUACCAUGGACACAGUUCGUAAAUUUUAUAAAGAUACUUGGCCUCCAGUUUUAAAUGCUGCUACUUUGUGGCUUUGUAAUGGUGGAUUUGAAGAGACUGGUAGGACUUCGGUUCCUAACUUACCAAGAAAUCUCCAUACAUAUGUUGUUCAAUCUAAUAAAAGCACAGAAGAAAUAAAUGCUGAUUAUUUUCAUUUGGUAUUUGGAAUCUGCUUAGAAGCUUUAUGUAGUCCAUAUUCAUCUUCUUCCAUUGACUAUGUUAUGAUCUGCCUUCAUUCAUUUAUACAAUUAUUUAGUCAUCCCUUACCUUCUCAAAUUCUGGGUCAAGAUUCGCAGUUAUCUGUUGAGUUGGCCAAUGUUCUACAUAGAAUGCUGUUAACUAGAGAAUCUCUUGAGAGCCAGCUUGCUGUAAUGAAGGUUACUCAACUUCUUGUUACAGCACAUAAAGAUUUCAUAGAAAGUGAGCGCAAGAAGCACUUAAAAGAGUUAGCUCCUGCAAAUCAAGAACCCAAGGAUCUUAAUAGUGAAUUAGCUUCUCUUGGUGAAGGAGGUGAAACAGGUGUUAUUACUCCUGAAAAGUCCGUUGUGUUUUCUAUUUUAGAGAACUGUUUGUGUCUUGUAGUACGUCAGCUACCUCAAAUCAGUCCAUCUUUGGCUAGCAGUACUGGAACUGUUGUUCAAAACUCUAAAUGCACUAAAAUAAUAACAGAAGAAUCAGGAUUAUUGAUAUUAGCUGCAUUGAAAGUUGCUGUUCAACUUCCUGUAUUGUGCUCGUAUGCUGCAUCAGCAGGUGUAGCUUCCAUUGCUUUACAUUUAAUUGUUGGAGUUCUGAAAGAAAUAACUGUUGAACAGAUAACUAGUUUACAGUCUUUUGUUCAAGGCACUUUAGACUGUCUUGAAGAUUUAUGCUCCAGCUCAAUGUUAAAAAAUGUUGCUUCCAGAAAAGACUGGAUUAGUCUUCUGCAGAGUGGAUUAGCUCAUCUUACACAUUUUUCAAAAUCAAGCAUGAUACCUGCAGAUACUAAUGAUCUGAUUGCCAUUUUAUCAAUCAAUGUUUAUAUAACUUCGGCACCCAGAGAAGUGGUUUGUGCUCCUAAUUUGAGACAACAUUGCAUUAAUACUUUUAAGCAUGCGCUUCAACAAGAUGGAACAAUAGUUCAAGUUAAAGCUAUCUCUUGCCUUCAGUCUGUUUUUGCUCAUCCUGAUAUGGUUGUUGUUGGUCCCUACAUACAUGCCUUGUGCCCAAAACUUAUUGAAUUAAUUGGCCAAUUUUCCAGUGAACUUUCUUCUCAAACAAAUUUUCCAGAAAUCAAAGUACUUGCAGUGAAAGAAUUAAUCCACACACUUAAAGUUUUAGUAGAUAUUGCAGCUAAUGACAAAAAGCUCUUAAUCGUUGGAUUGUAUGUUCCAACAUUAGUCAGUCUUCUGAUUGAUCCAGAAACUUCCCAAGUGUCUUCUCCAUCCAGAAAUACUAUUCACCAAUGUGCAUUGCAGCAGCUGAUGAAAAUUGGACCACAGUAUCCACAAGAGUUUCGCACAGUUGUUAGUAAGAAUAUUCGUUUGAAAAACCGCUUGGAAGCUUGUAUACGGGCUGCUCAUAUGGGAUCAGAUGCUCAUCGAGACAGUUUACAAGAAUCAGAAAAUCGAUCUACCAUAAGAACAUCAUCCCCUACUAUUAAACUUAAAACUGAUUUUAGUAAUUUUACUGGUUGAUAAUAAAAUAAAUCAUUUUGUUGCAUCAGUAUUUUUGUAUUAUUAUUAUUAUUAUUUAAUUGCAAAAGAGAGAAAUCUUGAUUUUUAUCUUUAUAGAAUUCUAUGUAGUCAGAUGAAUAUAUGGAUUGUCUUUGAAAAUUGUGGUGUUCUGAAUUUAGGUUGUUUCCCUAUUCUGUUUCAGUGGGAGAUUAUUUGUUAACUUAUCACUAAAGUUUUUACAAAAACUGAGAAUUGAUGUAUUUCAGUUGAAAUUUCGUAAUUUAUUCAGGCUCUUAAGUUGUAUCUGAAUAGCUUUUAUUUCUUGCAAAAUUUUGAAAAACUUUUUUUUAAUUCUUGAAUGAGCUUAUUUAUGCUGAGUGUAUCCAGUGACUGUAUUAUAUAUGAAUUUGUUUAUUUUAUUUGAGGGUUUUGUUGCAAACUUAUUGCUGCAAAUUACUAUAGACUUUUGCAUUAUUUCAGCAGAGGUAAUUACAAUGUGAUUUUUUGAUUUAAUAGCAUUUUUCAAUUAAUGAUUUUGUAUUACACUUCAUAAACAAAAAGAAUGUAAUAGCUGAUGAGUGUAAAAAAAUGUUAGAGUAAAAAGCUAUAAUUAUUUAAUGAAUCUUGCAAGCUAUUUAUUGAUAAAUUAUAGUAUAUAUUAUUGUGA